AUGGCCUCUCCUCGUGCUGCUUCUCCCUUGACUUCUGGUGCUGAGUCCGGCCCGGACUCCAAGUCUGGUGCUUCUGGUGCCGCCUCUGGAUCAGCCUCCGCCAUUAACCGCCCUUCCUCGCCUACUCCCCCCGGUGGUCCUAGGGCUGCUUUGCGUCGCCGCGCGGCUGCAGACCACAAGGAAUCACUCCGCAAUGUCAGACCAAGCUCGACUCGCUCUGCUGGUGCCGGUGGCUCCUCGGGCACUAUGCUCAAGCUCUACACCGACGAGAGCCCUGGACUGAGGGUCGAUCCUGUCGUGGUAUUGGUUCUGAGUUUGGGCUUCAUCUUCUCCAUCGUUGGUCUACAUGUGAUUGCCAAGAUUACUCGCAAGUUCUCCUCAUAA